AAUGACUUUUUUUCCCUCCGAUGAAGACAGGUCACCAAUUGUCUGUUAAACCAGUUUAUUCGCCUUUACGAUGGAUAUUUACGCCUCCACUUUAUCACCAGCGCUGGACAUCUUUGUUGGCUGUUACAUGCUGGUUGUAGCUGUGUUGUCCAUCAUUGGAAAUGUCUUGGUCAUCGUUAUGGCUUUCAAAAGGUCAUCGAGGAUAAAGCCACCAGAGCUGCUGAGCGUGAAUCUGGCGGUGACCGACCUGGGAGCUGCUGUCACCAUGUAUCCCCUGGCCAUGGCGUCCGCAUGGAGCCACCACUGGCUCGGGGGAGAUGCCACCUGUAAUUAUUACGCCCUGGCAGGAUUCUUCUUCGGCGUCGCCAGCAUGAUGAACCUGACCAUCUUGGCCAUCGUGCGCUUCAUCGUCUCCCUCAACCUGCAGUCUACCAAGGAGAAAAUCAGCUGGAAGAAGGUGAAGAUGCUUUGUGUGUGGAUUUGGCUGUGGGCACUGAUCUGGGCUCUGUUACCUCUGCUGGGCUGGGGUCGAUACGGCCCGGAGCCCUUCGGAUUGUCCUGCUCCAUUGCCUGGGGACAGAUGAAACAGGAGGGCUUCUCUUUCAUCAUCUCCAUGUUCUCCGCCAACUUCGUCAUACCUUCUGUCAUCAUCAUUUGCUGCUACUUUGGCAUCACCAUCAAGCUCUACUUCAUCUUCAAAAAGUCCAUCAACCCCACCCAGGUCCCAAAUAUUGUCAAGGUGCACCGGAGGAUGAUGAUAAUCGCUGUCCUGAUCAGCGUCGGCUUCAUAGGCUGCUGGGUGCCCUACAGCCUGGUGAGCCUGUGGUCCAUUUUCCACGACAGCAGCACCAUCCCGCCUGAGGUCAGCCUUCUGCCGUGCAUGUUUGCGAAGAGCUCCACUGUGUACAAUCCCAUGAUUUACUACAUCUUCAGCCAGAGCUUCAAAAGAGAGGUGAAGCAGCUGCAGGGGCUGUGCCUCAACUUUAAAUGGUGCCACGUUGCCAACACCAUCAAUGACAACACCAUUUACAUGGUCAGUGCCGACAUCAGGCCCAAAAUGGCAGCACGGUCUGAGCUGAUGGAAUAAAGCGUGACUU